AUGUUUCGUCUCCAACGGUUUGUCGUCCUCGCUAGCUUAUUGGCUUCCGGCGCGCUUGCGCUCUCCUCGCAGGGGCCCACUGCCCCCCUGCAAAUCGUGAACAAGGAGAUCGCUCCCGAUGGCUACCAGCGCAACACGGUCCUUGCGAAUGGCGAAUACCCAGCCCCUUUGAUCAAGGCAACCAAGGCAAGCCAUCGCUCAUUCGAAGAUAUUAGGGAUGCCAUGAAAAAUUCUAUCAUACCAGGGCGACCAUUUCCAAAUCAACGUGACCAACUCACUGACCGACUCCACCGGAAUGGAGACGGCUACCUCGAUUCACUGGCACGGUCUAUCUCAACAUGGGACCAACUGGGCCGAUGGCGUUUCCUUCGUCACCCAGGACAGGCUGGCACCUGGUGGUACCAUUCUCACUUGUCCGCCCAAUAUUGUGACGGCUUGAGGGGGCCUCUUGUCAUCUACGAUCCUAAAGACCCUCACGCCGACCUCUACGACGUGGACGAUGGUUUGCCUUCGAUUCUGCUUCGCGAGCGUUUCACUGAGUUGUUUUAUGGCACGUUAGACACCACCGUCAUCACAUUGGGAGACUGGUACCACUACCUGUCCAAAGACGCUCCGCCAGCCCCGCAGGCGAGUUCGAUUUUGAUCAAUGGUCUCGGUCGUUACAAAAUGGGGCCAACUGGCGCCGAUGCACCGUUGGCUGUGGUGGGAGUGGAGCAAGGGAAACGCUAUCGCUUCCGACUUGUGUCCAUUUCUUGCGAUGUCGGGGUCGAUUUCUCGAUCGACCAGCACAAGAUGACUAUCAUUGAAGCCGAUGGAAGUAACACCGAGCCACUAGAUGUGGAUUCGGUUACCAUCCUUACCGGUCAACGCUACUCCGUCGUGGUCGCCGCGAAUCAGCCUGUUGACAAUUACUGGAUCCGUGCGCAGCCCGCGUCUACUGCUAUCCAAGGAUUUGACGGUGGUCGGAACUCGGCCAUCCUUCGGUACCGUGGUGCCCCUAGCACGGAUCCUAAUACGACGUUUGUGGAUGCCACUUCGCCUAUGGUCGAGACCAACCUCCACGCGCUCGAUAAUCCCUCUGCUCCUGGACAACAUGUUCCAGGAGGUGCAGAUAUCAACUACACAUUGGAUGUGUCAUUUAGCGGCGGCUCUUUCACGGUGAAUGGGACAAGCUUCGAGGCCCCUUCUGUUCCAGUCCUGCUCCAGAUCAUGAGUGGUGCGAAGCAACCUUCGGACCUUCUUCCUAAGGGUAGCAUCUAUGGCCUGGAGCCCAACAAGUCUGUCGAACUUGUCAUCCCCGGAGGUGUUCUCGGUGGUCCGCAUCCCGUCCAUCUCCACGGUCAUUCGUUCUCGGUCGUGCGUAGUGCCGGCAGCGACAGUUACAACUGGGACAACCCCGUCCGCCGUGAUGUCGUCAGCAUCGGCUCCCAGGACACUGACCGUACCACGAUUCGGUUCUUCACCGACAAUACCGGCCCGUGGUUCCUUCACUGCCACAUCGACUGGCAUCUCACUGCUGGUUUUGCGGUCGUCUUUGCUGAGGAUGUUGCGGACACAGCCAGCGUCAGCCCAACUCCUGCUCAUUUCGUGACAGAUUCUUGGAAUGACCUCUGUCCUGCUUACAACGCUGCGGAAAACAAGGCCAAGACCAACACGGCCCCGAAGAAGCUUACGCUCUCUUGA